AUGGUAUCAAAUAGGAGCAAUGAGUAUGGGAUUGGUGUUUGGGACCAAAUCACUGGAAAACAGAUUGAUUUUUACUAUGAGCCAAUUGGGUGGUCACUGGGUGAGGCUGAUAGGCUGCAAUUUUUACAUGGCACUAACUGUUUGUUAGUUGCAACUCUGUUUCCUAGGAAGGACAAUUGUUACAUAAGUCUGUUGGAUUUUAGGGAUAAAAGUAUGGUUUGGUCUUGGUCUGACGUCGGAGCUCCGGCAACGGACGAGAGGCGGGUCCGGGACGCCAUAGCAAUGGAGGAGACCGGAUCGAUAUGCGUGGUGAAUGAGUAUGAGGAUUUGGGGUUCAUGGACUUGAGGAGUAGUGGUGGGAGUGUGAGGUGGUGCUCAAGGAGCCGGUUGAUGAAAGGGAAGAUGCCUGAGGAACCAUGUUACCCAAAACUCGCAUUGCACGAUGAGCAGCUUUUUUCGUCUAUGAAUGAUAGUAUUUCAGUGUUUUGUGGUCCAGAUUGGGUGUUAACAUCGAGGCUUCGCCAAAGUUAUGGUGGUUCAAUUUGUGAUUUUUCGAUUGGUGGUGAUAGGCUUUUUGUUCUUCAUAGUGAGGAGAAUGUGUUUGACAUAUGGGAGACGCCGCCGGCGUCGAUCACUUAAUUGUGUGUGUGUUUUUUUUUUUUAUUUUGGUCUUAAUUGCUUUUCUAGCCUUUUUGUCUGUUAAUGUACACUAACCUAACCCACUAACCUAACCCACUACAUCCACC